AUGCUUGAUUUCCCUAUUGACUAUCCUCAAUUUUAAUCUAAUUCCCGAAGAGUCAGUCAUUUGGUUUUAUAAUAGUGUAUAACUGCAAAAUCUUAAAAACUUUAAUUAUUUGAUUACCAAAAGAAACCAACAAAAAAAAAUUCAUUAAUACACUGUUUUCGUUUAUUAAAGGGAGAAAAAGAUGACAAUACCUUAAAUCCUAUUCAAACUGAAAAGUAAAUAAAAAGUAAGAAAAUUAUAAAUUUAAAACCAUUGAAGAAUGUAAUUGAAAAAAUAGCUUUAAUGCGAUAAUAAUAAUAACCAAGGAGAAAAUCUGCAUAUGGAGAUACAUUUGGUGAAAUGGCAGCAAAAUAAUUUUCCAAUCUGCCAACACAAAUUUAAUAACAUCAUUAAAUUGAUGGUUAACGAUUUGCUUUGACUAGUUUUGCUGAUAUUUUAGAAAGAAAGAAGUAAAAAAGAACUACAAGAAAACCUAGUCUGCUAAGGAAAUUAACUAAACAAGAUACAAUUGUUGAAUAUGAUAACAUGGAAAGGCCACCUUCAUGCAAGACUCCUCCUAAAUACAUUACUAUAAAAUCAAAUCAUAAAUCUUAAAUAGAGCUUGAUAAAGAAAAAUAUUUCAAAGUUUAAGAUUGUAAAAUGAAUUAAUUUUUAGCUGGAAAAUCUGAAUAGUUAAAAAUGUUAAUGAAUGGUAAUAGAGCUCUCACUUUUAAUCUCUAAAUAACAACUCCUCAAUCUUCUUCUAUUGGUAAUUAAAGAAAUUCUGUCUUAUUUCCAACACUUCCAAUCAACAAAAUCAGCAGGUGUAUUACUAAUCAUUAUGAAAAUAAAAUUGGUUUUCAAUUAAGUAGUAGAUCAUUGAAAAAUUAAAAUACACCCUAUCUUAAAUAAAAUCAAAUGCUUACUAAAUUAAUACGAACAGAACUCAAAAACUAAUCUCAUCCUUUAUAUAGAUUUAGUUAUCAUUUAUGA